AUGCGGUGGUCAUUCAGUGGCAACGGCGGUAUGCGCGGCGGUAGCGGCAGAGGUAGCCGCUCGCUCAGAAGCAUCCAUAGGUCUAUCAGGACUGGCGGAGGCGCCCCGCCGGAACCCUUCUCUCGGUCCGCCAGCUCCACCACCGAUUCGAGAGAAGCUAAACAAUUGGUUAAAAACCAAUCUGCUGGAUUAAACCUUUCAUCGAAUGACCCUUAUAACAAUAGCAAUAAAAAUGAGUCGCCGACUUUUUCGACGAUGAUCGAUUUUCCGAGGUCCGGUGCAUCUGCACCCGCCACACGGGGAGCUUGCGCCGAUGAUGACGUGGAGUGGGAGUGUUUGGAUGUGGGCAAUGGAGAUGAAAGGGGUAUUGCUUUUGAUUGUGAUUUUGUAUUUGGCACUGUACCAUCAAGAGAUGAGGUGAAUUAUGCAAUUUCUGCUCUUCAACAGGCUUUUCGACCUGUGUCCCCUGCAUAUAUUGCAACCGAGAAACUCACUGUGGUAAAAAGUGAAGAUCAAAGUACUGAGAAGUCUGAGAAGAUAAAUUCGUCAUCCUCAUCUGAGUUCGACUGGAUUGAGCCUUCACCGACUCUCGGCAGUUCAAGAAAGUUGUGUCCUUAUGGUCCGGAGAGGAGAAUGGUGAUAGCACUGUCAUCUGAUAGAACUGUUUGGGAAGCUGUAUUGAACAACGAGGCUGUGAAGGAGGAGCUUAGAGGCUCAAUAAGCCGAGUUAAUGACGAAGGAGAUAAAGCCGUGCACAAGGCCUCAGAUGAUGAUAACAAUCCGGCGAAGGGCUUGUUCCUUAAUUGGUUUUUCUCGAACGCCAAAGAGAAAAUAAUGCAACUUAUUGACAUGAUGGUGCAGCUUGCAAAUAUGGUGUUUCAGCCUGCAAACGAGGAGAAAAAAGGAGGCGCGAUUGAUCCAAUGCAGGAGAAGCUGAAAACUUCUUUGCUUCUUUCAAUUGCUGUCCUCCUAAUCGUGGUCGUCAAUCGAGCCAAGAGUGCGUGAGGUUAUAUUUAAUUCGCUGACUUUACAUGGAAGUAUCCCCAGGUAGGAAGACUGAAUGCAUUUUUAUUUUUAUUUUUAUUUU